AUGGAUGGAUCAAAUGAGUCUGCGGUGUAUGAAUUUGUUCUGUUGGGACUCGCAAGUUCUCAGGAGAUGAGAGUUUCUCUGUUUCUGUUCUUCUCAGUGUUUUAUGUGGCAAGCAUGUUAGGAAACCUCCUUAUUGUACUGACAGUUAUUGCUGAUGCCCGAUUACACUCACCCAUGUACUUUCUGCUGGCUAACCUCUCUUUCAUUGACACAUGUGUUUGCAGUAUUGCAACCCCUAAGAUGAUUUCUGAUCUCUUCAGAAAGCGCAAAGUCAUCUCUUGGAAUGGCUGCAUUACCCAGAUGUUCUUUAUUCACACUGUUGGGGGUACUGAGAUGGUGCUCCUUAUAGUAAUGGCCUUUGAUCGAUACAUUGCAAUAUGUAAGCCUCUUCACUACCUGAUCAUUAUGAGCUUGAGAAGGUGCAUCUUGCUUUUGAUGGUGUCUUGGAGUAUUGGCUUUAUACACUCUAUGAUGCAAUUGGCUUUUGUUGUAAAUUUACCUUUCUGUGGCCCUAAUAAAGUAGAUAGUUUUUAUUGUGAUUUUCCGAGGUUCAUCAAACUUGCAUGCAUGGAUACCUAUAGACUGGAGUUCUUGGUCACUGCUAACAGUGGCUUCAUCUCCAUGGGCACUUUCUUUGCAUUGAUUGUUUCUUACAUCUUCAUACUGGUCACUGUUCGUAAACACUCUCCAGGUGGUUCAUCCAAAGCCCUCUCCACCCUGUCAGCUCACAUCACAGUAGUGAUCUUUUUCUUUGGUCCAUGCAUCAUUGUCUAUGUAUGGCCAUUCCCCACAUUGCCAAUAGAUAAGUUUCUUGCCAUCUUUGAUGCACUUAUCACUCCUUUUAUGAAUCCUGUCAUCUAUACAUUCAGGAAUAAAGAGAUGAAGGUAGCAAUGAGGAAGCUGUUCAGUAACAUCACGAGUUCCAGGAAGUUGUCUUAA